AUGCAUCUAUAUGUUGCGGAAAGUCCUAGGAGGCUCUAUCUUGUGACAACUGUACAGGAAGAACGACAAGGGCGUCCAAGUAGAGCUCUAGUGUUUCAGGCGGCUGACUCUGCAGACGAUACUAUCGAGGCUCAGGCGGUCGUCCAAUUCUUGCCCAGGGACCAGGUUGACUUGACAAACGCAGUCAGGUUGACGUCGAGGAAUAUCAAAGGCUGCUUGGGUUUGAUUUCCGUCUCAGAUGAUAUUUUCCUUGUGGUAGUCACUUCGUCAUCGGAGAUUGGUGAUACUCGACCCUCUGCAGCGACGCCAGAGGUUGUAGCGCAAAUCCAUGAAGCUGGGUUCUACAGCUUGAGCUCUUCAGUGUGGGACGAUCUCUCUGGAACUGGGGAAAUUACACCAAGUCCAGGAUAUGGCGACCAGGCAGAUUCGGUCAUGCGCGAUCCGUAUACAUCAUCCUCGGCCUCCAACUCUCUGUUCGAACAUCCUUGCGCUCCAUUAACCAAGAUUAUAUCCGCGGGUACCUUCUAUUACGCUCUCGAGCCGCACUGGGACUUAUCUUCGCGCUUGUCCGUACGUCUUGCUCGCCGACGUCCAGCUGGGACAACCUUCGACAUUGGAGAGUAUGAUGAAAGAUUUGUUUGGAAUGACUACAUCGUCAGAAGUCUGCUUGAUUUUAGAGAGCGGCUGGAUGCGCAAGAGCGCGAAGACUUGGAUCGAUGUCACUACAUUAUUUUAGCCAUUCAGGGAUAUGUGGGUACGUAUACUAUUCCCUUGCCUGCUCCGCCGACGAGUGGCUCGCCCGUCAUGGCGACGUUAUCGCUCAUCUCCCGCUUGGGAUGGAAGCGGUCCGGUACCCGUUUCAACACCAGAGGCGUGGAUGACGAUGGGAAUUGUGCCAAUUUCGUAGAGACGGAAACACUAUUCAGUACCGAUCAGCACUGCUUUAGUUACGCCCAAGUCAGAGGCAGUGUGCCAUUGUUCUGGGAGCAACAGGGUCUUCAAACGUUCGGCCAUCGAAUCCAGAUUACCCGGCCUCAGGCUUCCCAACCUGCAUUUGAUCGUCAUAUGAUGCAGCUCAUUGAGGAGUAUGGGUCUAUACAUGCCAUCAAUUUACUUGGAAGCAAAGAGAAUGAGGCAAUACUCACCGCGGCAUAUGCACGGCAUUUAGAAUCGGCUAAGGUGAUUAUGGGCGACACAGUCGGUAUAACUCACUUCGAUUUCCAUAACGCGGUCAGGAUAGGUGGUCAUGAAAGUGUGCCCCGAGAGGUCAAACGGCUUCCUAGUGUGGCAGACAAUGUGGACAAAUUUGGCUUCACGAUGACCGAUGCCUCUUCAGACGAUCUCAUUACGGAUCAGAAAGGUGCAUUUAGAACAAACUGUCUUGAUUGCUUAGAUCGCACCAAUUUCGUACAGGAUAUCCUGUCACGUACUAUGCUGGAGCAGUUCCUUACACACAUCCGUCGAGAAUGGCUUCAAUCUGGCAUCCUCUGGGGUCACCACCGCGAGGUCUGGGCUGAGAAUGGAGAUGCGCUGUCCCGCAUAUAUGCUGGUACAGGUGCACUCAACACGAGCUUUACACGAAGUGGCAAGCGCACUCUAGCAGGCGUCCUGUCGGAUGCAACCAAAAGCGUUUCUAGGGCGUACAUCAACAAUUUUCAAGAUAAGGGCAAACAGGUUGCAAUAGAUAUGCUAGUGGGUAAUUUAAGCACUCAGACAAGGGUGACCAUCUACGACCCUAUUCACGACUCAGUUCGACGAGCCCUGGAGGCUCGAUUACCGGAAUAUUCGACGACGAAACAGUGCACCAUCUUUGUAGGUACUUGGAACCUGAACGGAAGGCCCCCAUCUUCUGAAUCUUUGUUGCCGUGGUUGUUCCCGCGUUCCACUACGGUCGAUCCAGAUAUAUUUGUAUUGGGCUUCCAGGAAAUUGUACCCUUAACUGCUCAGCAGAUCGUCCAAGCCGAUCCCGAAAAGAGGCGUGCAUGGGAAGUCAAAAUUCUGGAUACUAUCAAUCGCCGACCAGAUAGGAAGAGCGAGUACAUCCUCCUCCGUAGCCAGCAGCUGGUUGGGACCGCGAUGAUGGUCCUAGUACAAUCAGAACUUACAUCUGUAAUUCGAAGUGUGGAAGCCACGUCUCAAAAAACUGGCCUUCGCGGCAUGUCGGGUAAUAAAGGAGCGGUCGGAAUCCGGCUCGAUUACCAUGAUACGAGCUUCUGCUUCAUAACUGCUCACCUCGCUGCUGGACAUGCCAAUGUUCACGAGCGCAAUGCAGACUAUCGCACAAUCGCAAGUGGCCUGGCGUUCCUCAAAGGGAAGACGAUAGACAGCCACGAAAAUAUCAUGUGGCUAGCCGACACUAAUUACCGCAUUGAUCUGGAGAAUGAGCGCGCCAGAUUUCUCGCACAGUCCGAAGACUAUGAUGCACUUUUGGCUGCUGAUCAGCUGAAGCAAUCAAUGGACGAGGGUGCCGCGUUCUCAGGUUACCAAGAGGGUCCACUGCUGUUUCGUCCAACGUAUAAGUACGACGUAGGGACAGAUAGAUAUGACACGGGCGAAAAGAUGCGUAUCCCCGCUUGGACAGUAUUUGCCUUAUUCCGCGCUGAGGUUCGUAUUAUCGAUCAAGCGAAGCGAGCGGACUUGUCGCGUCUCCUUUUCGAAAGCGUGACGGCCACCGCACCGGGAGAGACACUCGACGAGAAGCUAGCAAAACUCUCAUUCUCAAAUAUUAACAGCGACCUCCCCACUCCAAGUUCAGAUGAUGCUGUCUGGUGGGAUGAUCCAGAUUAUCCAAACGAACUGUUCGUUUCCAAGAAUUUAAAACGGUUCGAGGGUGGCAAUCCAUUCGACUCUUCAGAUGAAUCAACACUCUCCUCAUCCCCAUCAUCUUCAGAGGAAGAGCUUUACCAGACUCUCGCCCUUCAAAGUCCAAUGGCCCCAGUCCAAGCAGCACGGCGACCACCUCCACCCCCACCAUCACGAAAUAAACUCCCGGGAAAAGAAAGCACUUGA